CCCGAAGAGUUCCGAAAGCAUUUGUUAUGCGGCAUCAAUGUUUUGGUCAUGAUGGCGGCAAGUGAAAAUGAUUUCUUCGAAGGAACAGAGAAGUUAUUAGAGGUUUGGUUUGCAUCUUCCACAAACGAGGACUGUGAUUUGCGGACAAUUGACAGGUUGGAAUGGGAGAAACUACUGACCCUGGUGAAAUGUGAAAUAAUUAGCUGCAUUUCAGAUGAUGACAUGGAUGCAUAUGUUCUCAGUGAGAGCAGCAUGUUUGUGACACAGAAGAGGUUUAUACUGAAGACGUGUGGCCGCACAACUCUUCUGUCUGCCAUCAGCCCUCUCGUCAAACUGGUGCGAGAAAAGUGUGGCUUCGACAAAGUGGUGGAUAUCUUCUACUCCAGAAAGAACUUCUCACGACCAGAAUUACAGUUUGGAAUACAUCGUACCUUUGAAAAUGAGGUCAGACAUCUGGAUGAGCUUUUCCCAAAUGGUGCCGCAUACACUCUUGGACGAGUAAAUCGAGAUUGCUGGUAUUUGUAUACACUGGAUCAAGAAGGAGUACUCAUGCCUGACCAGACAUUUGAAAUUUUGAUGUGGGACAUGUGUCCAGACAGAAUGAACAUUUUCUCGCGGGAUGUGUGUACCAAUGGACCCGAAGCCACUAAGCUUUCUGGAAUAUGUGACAUCAUGCCUGGUGCCAAGAUUGAUGACUUCCUGUUUGAUCCCCAUGGAUACUCGAUGAAUGGUCUGCUGCCUGGCGGUUACUACAUCACGAUCCAUGUGACACCAGAGCCUCAGUGCAGUUACGUCAGCUUUGAAAGCAAUGUUCCCACGGAGUCCUACCAAGACCUCCUGAAGAAGGUGCUGGAUGUGUUCCGACCAGGAAAGUUUCUGAUGACAGUGUUUGCUAACGAGGAGUCUGUUGCGCGAGAGAGCCAUCGCCAACUGGAGCGGGAGAACACGUUCCUGAAAAAGGAGUACGUGUGCCAGGACCACCAGUACUGCAACUUCAAGAACUACAAUCUGACGUACAUGUACUUCUCGCGGCCCAUCAUUUAGGAUAUGGUGUGCAGGGGUCCUACCACAUGUGGGUGUGCCACGUCGCCGGCGCAACCCCCAGGGCUUGUCUGCACGCCACUAGUUUACUGUCGUUGCCGUCUUCUUUUGCAGUUCCUGUGUGCUACUUUCUUUUAUGCUUAUGUAUUUAUGUGGAAGUCCCGACGAGCUAGGAAGAAAUACAGAAUCAGUUGCGGGUUCAUCACCCGCACACCUCGCUAAUUGACUUGCUGUUGUGAUUUUUUAUUUUUAUUUUUUUAUAUAAUGUAAUAAGACAUUUGUCAGUUGUAAGUUUUGGGACAUAUUGUUAGAUAGUAAGUUAUUGUGAUACCAGCAGCAGAGUGAAGAUUUUAAGGCUGUGUUAUGUGUUAUAAAGCCCAUUUCGUGUUGUUCUAGGCUGUUGUCGUCACCGAUUUAAAUGUUGUUGAGGUACUGGUUAACUGUCGUGUUUGUUUAGAUGUACUUAGUUUUAUAUUUGUUUUGUUUUCUAUUCCAGCUAAAGAUACAUGUUCCCAAUGGUGUGAAAUUAAACACUCAUAAAAUAUUCAUAAUCGUGAAAGUAAAAAUUAAAAAAUCACUCCCCGUACUUCAUGAAGUACGGACCUUUUCUGUUUGAUAAUUUAAGAAGGUGUAAUUGCCAAACAUAUUUUACAUCACCUAAUAACUAGUAUUUGCGUCAUUAAUGUGCUGAUGGGUUAAUAUAUUUUGGGAACAACUAGUUGGGCGAAAUAUUAAUAUUAAUAUUAAUGUGAGCAUAUAUACGGAAUGCUUGAUUGAGAAUUAUAUGCUCUAUUAAUUAAAAGACUUCUGGCUCUGUAUUCAUAAACAUACUUAAGUCAAUGUAUGAUAGUUAAAUAUCUGUGUACUUAAAAGACAUAGAUAAGUAUCAUACUUUAACUUAAGUACUUUUAUGAAUACAGAGCCUUGGCUUCUGCUAAUGUUACAGAUAUUAUGCUAGCAAAAACACAUGGUAUGUACUGAAAUUAAAUGCAGGCUCGCAUAGUAGUUAAACUGUUAAAUGGACCAACAAAAUAUUGUCAGGUUUGUAGUAGUCACUAAAAUUAUAGUUUAAUGUUUGAGUAAACUAAAAAAAAAGGAUCAAACUAAAGGUCUGGUUUAAUGUUUGAGUAAACUAAGAAAAAGGAUCAAACUAAAGGUGUAGCAUCCGAUAUAAGAAAAUGUGUAUUUAAGACUCAAUACGUAGCAACUGUUCGGUUGUCAAAAAUUGACAUUCUGUUACUCCGAGUAGUCUCUAGCCCUGAUCCCACAUGUAAACAGGACUUGAGCUCACCAUGCGUCUGGCAUUGGUAGAUGAACUGCUGUGCAAGCCUGCCUUUAAUAUUCAAAGGAAGAAACAUAUUAGUCUAACAUAGCAUACACUGUUGGAUUAUGGGAACAGGUAGCUUUAUCAUGCACAUUAGUAGAUAUUGUUACAAUGAUAAAACAAUUAUUAAGUGCUAUGUUUUCGAACAUACAUUGUUAGUGGUUUUUAAUAAUCAUGUUAAUCUUUGGCCUUAAAAAAUUGUGUGUUUCAGGUAAUCUGCCCCCAACCCCCCCCCCCCCCCCAAAUAAAAGUAAAAAUUAAAUAAAAAUAGGUAGGGUAGGUUAGCUCGUUUUUUCUUUUCUUGUUUUAAAAUUACAUUCUUCCCUAUGGCUCCACAUGAAAUGUUACGUAUGUACUUCACUGACCUACGUAUAAUUUUUAUUUAUUUAUUAAAUUAAAUACAUUUGUUUUUAGGGUCAAUCUUAUUUUCAGGUAAGGUCAGGUUCCCAGAAACACACAAUUUGUUUUGUAGGCUUUGGUAUGAUAUUACAUGGAGCUUAAUUUUGUGGUCUCCAGCUCUUGGACAUAUGACAGCUAAACUUACAUUUUGCCUUAUAGCCAUUCCAAGUUGGUUUGUAGGAUCAUGAGUUAAUAUUGUUUGUUAAUUCUUGUACUCUUUAAUUGAUAUGCAGAAGCUCAUGUUACUGGUUUUCAACAUUACAAAACAUGUCUACAACAGAUACAUUCAUUUGGUAUUGAACAGGUCUGUUUAUAAAUCUUCGUUUUCUUUUUUCUGCCAAUAAAUCUAUAAGUGUUUGAAAUUCCACAAAGACGGGCUGUUCGAUUGGCACAUUGUGUGAAAUUCAUGACUAUAAAAUGCUGAUGCAGCACAGUUUACUGCAGUAGUGCUGGACGGUAUUUAAAGAUGCUCGUUUAGCCUGAUCCAUGCUAGCCACUGUACGCUGAAAUCCCAUAUUUGCUCUAUCUACAUGUUACAAUGCAACGUACUUCUUUCAUCACAACUUAUUACAGUAAAGUUUGUAUGCAACAUAAUGAAGACAUAUGGUGGUAUGUAUUCAGAGAUGAAAGUUCUCAGAUUUAUCCGAAAUUCCUAAAUUUUAAUUGUAUGUAGUGUUUCCGGGUUUUCCAUCGUUUGUCCAAAAGUUUCCAUAUUGUCCGUCCAAAAGUGACAAUCUUGUUUUGGCUCAUGCUUUGCAUCCAUUAUGUAUAGGGGCCACCAUUUUAGACCAUUUUGUAUCCCUAACUUUAGGGCCAAUAUUGGUACCCAACCACCAGUAUUUCCUGAUCUGUUGUGUGUAACCCACUGUUAUUUCUGUGUAUUUGAUUAAGAUCAUAUUAUUAACAGAUAUAUUGUCUAACCCAGCAUUGGGAGAGGAAAGGGUGAUGAAUGCAUUGUACCUCAGGUUUUAAAAUUUUUGUCUCCUGUUAGCUUUUUAACUGAACUUAACAUUAAUAUAUAUCCUGCGCUUGUUCUGUUCAUAUAUUGAUGUUCUCUUGAACAUGAUCCAACAAAUGUAAUUGGAAUGGCCCCAAAAUGAGGAGAGAAAAACAACAACAAAAUUGUACAUAAAUACUAAAUGAUCUUCCUGAGUAUGCCAUUUUUUAUGACGUUAAUUACACAUGGUGUCUGAUGACUCAAGUAUUACAUAAAAUGGUAUAUCUGUGUUCCAUGCUAGUAUUUGAAGAUUUUUGUUUAGUCAAUUUGAAUAGCUUUAAUUUUCAAAUUGGAAGAAACAUUUUGACAAUGGGGGAAAAAAAAUCAAAUACAAAACUUUGUUAAUAAUGAUGAAUAUGAGCUAAUUUUAUAAUUGAUCUUUUGAGUCAAAAAUGUUUAAACUAGUUAAUAAUUUAAGUAGGUUAACCCAAAUGACAAUUACUUUUCAAAACAUUAAGAAAUCGACAAGUUCUUAAGAAUAAUGUACACUAUAAAUAUAAAUAUACAAAAAUAGCAUUAGCACUAUUAAAUAUUAUGUGUUCUUAUUUUAUUAUUGUCAAUAUUGGCAUUUGAUAUGAUAUAAUUUCUUGGUUUUUUUCUAACUUAUCCAUUUUCCUAGUGAUGUGACGUUCACUAGAAAAAUCUUCUAAUUCCAUCAUGAAACCGAACCAUGGCAGCAAGUUAAUAGUAUAUUUAGUACGGUAGUACAUUUGUUACUGAUCUCGCAUUGUUAUGUUAACAAAGUGCUAAUUAAAUAGUACAAAGUGUUAAAUACGUUUCUAACCUCAUGACUAAUUUUGAUAUCCUUGGAUACUUAUUAAGAAGUAUGCAUUUUAGUUGUGUACUCAUCACAUUAGGUUGUUAUGUUACUAAUUAUAAGAGUGUGAAGUGUUAAAAUACAUUUUUACCCUCAUGACUGCAUUUUGAUAUCCUUGUCUGUGUGUUAAAAAGCAUGCAUUACUGUUAUGUGUUUAUCACGAACAAGAAAUACCUAGGAGCCAGAAUACAUCAUGUAGUUUUGACAACACAUUUUUAUUAUAUAGUUCAUCGAAGAGUUGCGUUUAUUAAAUAGGUGUUUUUUUUAAUAAGUGGUAGUACAUUUUAAUGUUAAAAAUAUAUAUACAAUAUAUAUAAAAAAAAGUAUGUUGUAAAUACAUUUAAAAACGUUAAGCACCAGUGGUUUUAAAAGUGGUGUAAAAUAUAUAUGUCCAUUUAUUUAACAUGCUUGUGAUGGCAGAUUCAGUGGUGAAUCCAGAAAAUCCUAUUUGGGGUGUGUGCCAAUGACAUAAGACUUUCAAGGGAACUUUGGGGGAGGAUGAAAAUUAAUAUAAUAUAAUCAAAUUAUAACUGUCGCAAAAUUUAGGGGAGGGGGUGGGCCCCUGGGCCCCCCUAGAUUCAUCUCUGAGAUUAGUAAAUACCUAUGUUAAUGGCGAAAAAACAAUCCAUCAGAUUGCAUCCAUAUUGGAAAUUGAGUUAAGUAGUCAUCUAAUAGAAGUAUGAAAAUGGUAUUUAAAAAUCAUUCAAUCUACUUUGUUUUUGGGGGUAUGUUUCUUCUUUUUCCCUCAAAGUUUCAGUAAGUCUUAUUUGUCUAAUUCACUAAAUGCUCACAACUUUAUGGUCUUUAUGGUGCAAUGCAAUAGACAUGUUUAAAAGAGCUCUGUGAAUCAGACCCCAGCUGUGCACAUCGUUCCUGUACUGGAGUAAAGUGAGAAGAGGAUUGCUUUGUUCCUAAAUUGUUACAUUUGUGACCUGGUUAUAUGUAAUCACGGACAUCAGUUCAUGCACAUACAACACUGAUUAAACAAAUUUAAAUUAUACUUCACGAUUAGAUUCAGGAUGUUUCUAGGGAUGUGGGUGUAAUUUAAAAAAAUGUCAUUUGCAAUGUUUAAAACUGCAACAUGUCAUAUAUAUGAUGCAGUCUGUCCCCCAAAAACAGUUCCCCCACCACCACACAAACACCCUGCUUAAGAACAAAAAAUGAUUAUAUACAUUGAUUAAACAUGAGAAUUUUGGGACACUUCAGAGUGCAUGUGCCGUGUAUGUUCAAUUUAAUGAUUGGUCAUUCUGCCACUGUUGCUUAGCGUUUUUCCUAAUAUAGGUUUGUGCUACAUUUUUUGAAGUUUGCCUUACAACAGAGUUUAAAUGAUGCUGUUUUGACUUUUUUAUAUUUUAUACCUGUUAAUUGCUUAAAUAUUAUAUUUGUUUACAUUUAUAUUAAAGAAAAACCCCAAGAAAAUCUUUUAGCACUUCAUUAAAGUAUAAUAUUAAGAAUAAGUAUUCACGGUGUAUAACAAGUUGUGAUGUAGUUGUAGUUUUUGUACUGUUUUAUGUGUUUAUUGUUUGUACCAGUCUAUCAUUGUGUACCAUCAUAAUUCAGUGGACUGUCUAAAUCAAACCAAAUAAAGAAUAUGAUGUAGA